AUGGCUGCGAACAUAGCAAGCACCUCGCCAGUAUCUGAAAGCAACUUGACCCGCCCUGUAGCUUGCAAGAGAUGUCGAGGCCGCCGCACAUAUUGCUCCAAGGAGCAGCCGAUAUGCGCAACUUGUAAGGAGGGCAAUCACCAAUGUAUCUACGAGACCGGCCGCAAGAUCGCAGUGUCAGAGAGCUACCUGCGAGACCUCGAAACCAGAUUGAAGUCGUAUGAGGCUGUAGUUCCUCAGCCUCCGUUUAUCACCUCGAUCGGCACGGGAGAUGAUCCAGAGCUUGAUGUGAAUCCCCUCAUGGACAACUUCGCCAACCUCGUCAUUAGUCCGUCUGGCAAGCAUCACUACCUGGGAAGCUCAUCAUCAACGAUUCUUGGAAGGAGGUUUCGGGAUAUUGUGGGCAUCACAAACCCCGGGUAUGACUUUGAUCGAGAGUACUCGACGUACAAUCACUCUGCUCUACGACUGCGUCGUCUUUCGAUUGUUGACAAUGUUAUGCUACCUCCCGCUGCUUUCGCGAAACGGCUGUACCUCGCCCAACAUUCUUACAUAGGUACUAUCUUUGCGUUCUGCACCCCAGAAGUGUUCGAGGAGCAGCUCCAACAAGCAUAUAGAGGCCCUCCGGAUGUGGGAGAUAGAGAAGCCUGCCUUGCAUAUUGUCAGACACUGCUGGUCCUGGCUUUCGGUCAGCUAUACUCUGUCAACCAAUGGUCUGGCUUCGACGGUCCACCUGGGUUUGACUUUUUCACACAAGCUCUUCAAUAUCUGCCCGACAUGUACGAAGAAGGAUCCGUCCUGUUUGUAGGCGUCUUGGCCUUGAUCGGAUACUUUAUGCAGAACCUCAAUCGCCGCGACGCCGCCUUCUUGUACGUGGGCACUGCAUUGAGGAUGGCCAUAUCUCUUGCGUUACAUCAAGAGGUACCAGACCCUCGUCUUGACGAGGCGAGUAAGGAACAACGACGUCGUAUUUGGUGGAGUGUCUAUUCUUUGGACAGAAUACUCUGCAUAAAGGGCGGCAAUCCCUUGACUAUCGAUGAUCAAGACAUCGCGGUCAAACUCCCAAACCGACUCAGCAACGAACCUGAAUAUUGCCCGGCAGUAUGUUUACGACACUAUACGCAACUAUCACGAAUCCUUGGACGAAUCAUGAAAACGGUCUACAGAAAGACACCCAAGAGCGGCUCUACACUUAUGGCUUCUGUCUCGGAGAUCAUGACCAGUCUAUCAACAUGGCAUCGCGAUCUACCUAACGAACUCCGCUUUGAUCCCAACAAACUGAAUGUAUCACGAGAGUCUGUCUCAACAUUCUUGCAUUACCAUCAGUGCAUCAACCUCACUGCUCGCCCACUUCUCUUCCACGUCGUCGAGAAACGUCUGCAUGGUAACGCUAGCGAUCUUGGUAGGGAUUGGAAGGAAGGAUUGUCUUCAACAACCAUCGCGGUCAUAUUGAUGUGUGUAUCGGCUGCAAAAGACUCUGUCACCAUGAUGACAUUGGCUGCAAAGAAGAACCUAGUUGCCACAUAUGGCUACAUGGAUGGCGAGCAUGCCUUUUCAGCAGCUAUUGUCCUUGUCAUGGUUUGUGUCGCCUUUCCUGCUAGCAAAUCAGACAUUGCUUCUAUGGAUCAGUCGCUCGAGUUGCUUCGCGGUAUGGCUGAGAAGGGCAACACUUACAUUGCUGCCAGACAUCAACUUCUGUUUGAUUUACGCUCCCUGAUCUCCCUGCCAUCUACCAACAUCGCGUCUACGCCACCUGCCGUAGCGACGUCCCAGCAAACUAUGACUUUUGUCGAAGUCGAUCCGAUGUUGUCAUACGAUGUUGGUGAUGUAGACCUUGGGCUCUGGGAGGAGGGCUACAUGAACCCAGAUUAUGACAUUCAGUUUGAUCUGACGCAGUUGACGCAAGCGGCACAGAACACGUUUGGUGCGGGACCAAUCUGA